AUGACUUCACGUCUGCCCACCAAGGCCGACUUUCCCUCCUCCCUCGUAGUGGACAUCAUCCCACCAUCUUCGGGCCAACCGAUCAACAUCCUGAUCCUGCUUCACGGCCUGGGAGACACAAACAAAUCAUUCUCCCAAUUAGGAAAGAAUCUCAACCUCCCCGAAACAGCAUGCCUAAGUAUCCAAGGGCCCAAUCCAAUCCCACCCAUCUUCACUGGCUCGGACACACCCGCCUUUCACUGGGGAGAUGAUGUCCUGAUUGACGAAGGGAAGGGAGAGAUCGAGCUCGAUGCUGGAUUCGGGAUUAUUGAGCGAGUGUUGGGGGAGGUUGUUAAGGAGGGGUUGAUGCAAAGGUGCAGCUAUCCCGCACGAAAUGUCUUGUUUCUCGGCUUCGGACAGGGUGGGAUGGCCGCGCUGCACCUCGCAGCAAGCUCGGAUGUCGAAUUCGGAGGCGUGAUUAGCAUCGGUGGACGGCUUCCUUCAAUCUCUGGCACUGGAGGAGGGAAGAGCAAAACACCCGUGUUGGUACUGGGCGGCAGCAGAAGUGCCCAGGUCACGAGAAGCGCGGUUGAUGCGUUGAAAGCCGGGUUCACGGAUGUCGAGUACGUUAAGUGGGAGAAGGGAGAGGAUUCUAUGCCCAGGAGUAGGGAGGAGAUGGUACCUAUCAUGAAGUUCUUUGCUAGGAGACUGAGGAGUAGAGCAGGGGUGCCGGAGGGGGCUGUUGAAAUUUAA